AUGUUAUUGGCUAUACUAAAACAAGAAUAUUCAUUAAAUAACUAUAGACCAACUAUUUUGCAAUAUUUUGUUGAAACACCCAUCGAAGAACAGAAUAGAUGUAUAUUUAUUCCGAAUCCUAAGUUUGAUGUUGAAGCCUUCCGCAAAGCAGCCAAAUUAUUAGAAGGCUAUCAUGAUUUUAGAACUUUCAUGACAACAUUGUCAAAAGGAUCUCCUCCAGUGCACACAUUGAGAUACAUACAUGAAGUCUCGAUAGAGAAAUCAACUAGCACCAGUUUGCCUUUCAAUAACGCUUCCAAUUAUUUUGACUACUGGGAUAUAAAGUUUAAGGGAAAGUCGUUUUUAUAUCGACAGGUGAGGCGCAUGGUAGGAGUCUUAUUAGCAGUCGCACAGCACAGAAUAACUGAGCAAGAUGUUAUUACGAUGCUUCAAGUUCCCUCACCACAUUCCUGGUGUACUAGUGUAAGAUCGAUGCCACCUCAUGGUUUGUACUUAUGUGAUGUUGAGUAUCGUGAUGAAGAUUUGAUGUUACCUCUUGAUUAUAUAGAAAAGCAUCAAAAUUCAAAAGAAAUUUAUGAUACAGCGAACUUGCGGCACAUUAAAUAUUAAAUUGAUAAAAGUAAUUAAUAUAAAAAUAGUUGUUAAAAAUGGAUCGUAAAUUAAACCCUUCCCAACGUUCGGGUAAAUCUAAAUUAUCCCACCAUGCAGGAGAUUUGUUUGCCUUGGGUUCCAAACAGUCGUCAAGCUCUUCCAAAGAUAUUUCAGACAAACGCAAUACCUCAAUGCCCAUUUCCAAACCUCAGUGGGACUCCUCAAGCUCUAGUAAAGUCUCUUCCCUAAUUGCUAGCAAACGUGAAGCCCCAACGUCGAGCGCUAGUGCUGUUCCUUCCAAAAAACCAAAAUUAGUAACUGCU